AUGGAGGACAAACUGCGCACUGCCACUCGAGAGGAGCUGGUGGCCCACGUGCGCACCCAGCGCCUUCUCAUUCGGCACCUGCAUCGACGCAUCGUCGAACUGGAGCGGGCGGUUUCCUCGGCGCCCUGCAAUUGGGAUCCUGGGAGGGGCGGUGCGGCAGCUUCGGCGCCCUCCUCGCCGCAGCGAGGCCCGCCGGCGGCAACGCUGUCGGAGGGGCUGCGGGAAAUUGGCCGCCUCCUGCAGGCGCACGCCACGGGGGCGGCGCCUCUUCCACAGGAGCUUGUGGCCGAGUUUCUGUACAUCCAGAGCGAACUUGCCGCCGCAGAACCCGGCGAAACCCCCGCACUAUCGGCAGGGAGGUUGGCGGUGCCAGCGCCUGCGGCGGGUGGCGCGUGUGUCUACGCAACUCCGCCUGGGGAGGGCUCCGGCGCCCCGCGGCGUUUUUCUCCACCGAGUUCUCUCAUUCAGCGGACCCAACAGCGCCUGUCGGCGACACGGAACGAUGGGGUGCCGUAG